CAUGUAUAUAUGUGUAUAUAUAUAUUAGUACAUGUUGCAUAGGUCAGGUAGAGUCUCAGUAAAGUUUAAACGAACCGAAGGAGAAGCAGCAGUUUGUCUCUUUGUCCUCUGACGUCUCGUCCUCAGAGUUUAAUCAGCUCGUUUCAGACAUGGAGCUGAUCCUCCUCGUCCUCCUCUUCACUCCGAUGUUGAUCAGCUGCUCAGAACUGAUCCAACCUCUGGACUGCAGCGACAUCCACCACCAAGACAACAGCAGCCAGACUGGAGUCUACACCAUCUACCCCCUCGGAGAAAGGUCUGGAGUCCAGGUUUACUGUGACAUGGAUUCAGAAGGAGGACACUGGACGGUGUUCCAGAGGAGGAUGGAUGGCUCGGUGAACUUCUACAGAACCUGGGAUCACUACAAGCUGGGCUUCGGUAGCGCUGCUGGAGAAUACUGGCUCGGUCUUGACAACAUCCACUACCUGACAACCAAGCAGAAGUACGAGCUGCUGGUCACCAUGGAGGACUUUGACGGAAAGAAGGUGUUUGCUCGGUACACUUCAUUCAAGGUGGACGGUGAAUGUGACGGAUACAGAAUUCAUGUGUCUGGAUUCAUCGAUGGAGGAGCAGGAGACGCCCUGAGUUCUCACAACGAACAGAAGUUCACCACCUUUGACAAAGACCAGGACUCCUGGUCUGGAAACUGUGCCCGAAUGUUCCUGGGGGCGUUUUGGUACAAAGCCUGUCACAAAGCCAACCCCAACGGAGUUUAUCGGUCGGGGAAGGACGGCACCAUCUUCGGUGUGGGGCUGGAGUGGAAAACGUUCAAGGGCUACGACUAUUCCCUGAAGUCCUUCAGCAUGAUGAUGCGUCCUGUGCAGUAGAGCUGAAGACCUGGUGUUGAUAUCUCUCUUUUCUGUCCUCUGUCCUCUAGCCCCAAGUAAUCACUAGGAUUAAAAAGAAAAAAAUAGUGCUGUCAAAUGAUUAAACACUUCGAUCUGAUUAAUCUCAGAGUUUCUGUGAAUUAAUUUGCGAUUAGUCUUGAUUAAAUAUCAGUCAUUUUUAAUCUCUACUGAUGCAUUUCAUUUUUCGUGGGCAGACUCCGGAAAGAAGGGAAUAUACCUGCAACUAAUCUGUUCAUUAAACAUAUCUCAACAA